GAGACUCAUCUUCAAAGCAAAUGACCAUCCAUCUCUUGCAACCAUCCAAGAACCCUGGCUAUUUUCCUCUACUUUCUAGGCAAAACAAAAACCAGUUUCUCGAGAAAAUAAAUCAACAUGGGAGAAACAGAAACCAUGGCGACAAACUAACUAAACCACAUAUAUCUAUUAUUAUCUAUACUAAUAUAUAUUCAUCCAAUGGGUAACGGAGACAGAGCCAUGAGCCACUGGAGCUUCCACAUCCCACGUCUCCAUAAUCCUCAUCAUCAUCAUCAUGAUCAUGAAAGGAUACCAAAAGGGUGUUUGGCAGUGAAGGUAGGACAAGGAGAAGAGCAAGAGAGAUUUGUGAUUCCCGUUUUGUACUUUAAUCAUCCUUUGUUUGGACAACUCUUGAAGGAAGCUGAAGAAGAGUUUGGUUUUGCGCAAAAAGGGACGAUCACGAUCCCUUGCCACGUUGAGGAGUUUAGGUACGUUCGAGGAUUGAUCGAUCGAGAAAACACUAAAUUUCUCGGUCAUAAUCUCUUUGAUCAUCACCACCAUCAUCAUCACAACCAUCUCAUCCGGUGUUUUAAAGUUUGAUGAUUUUGUUUUGGCUUUUUUAAAAUAAAAAUAUAUUUUGUAUAAUUAUCUCAUGUUGUUGUUGAUUGUAAAUAAAUAUCGGUCUUCGUUUCAUCUUUAUCUAGUUGUGUUGCUUUUUGUUGUUGUUGUUGUUGUUCAGAUAUACUAUGUUUCAUUUUAUUUUAUUUUGUUAAAGUACAUAUAUAUGUCUCAUGAUGAUCAAUUGUACGCUUAUGUCGAGAAAACGCUUUAGUUUC